UGUUACAACCCGUGGCUGUUUACCAACGCUAAAAUACCGUAACGUGUUAAAUGCCUGUUGACAAAAUGUAUGAAUGGGGGGGUGGGUGUCAUGAUCUGGUCAAGCUGGACUUGUUACUAUACAUACACCUACUACUGGAGUAGAACAGGUGAUAGAGCGCCAGGUGAGAUGUAACAUCACAUCCUAGUGUAACGCCAACACAGUAUGGAAAUGUCUGCACAGUACCUGUUUGCUGACUGUUCUUCAGUGUGGAGCAUUGCUGUUGGAAUACUUGCGGUACUGCUGAUCCUACCUACAUUACUCAAGUGGGGGUGGCACUUCUACAUCAAUAGGGUUUACCCUGCAGACACGGCUUCAUCAAAGCCCCUGCCCCCAGGGACACUUGGCUACCCUAUCAUUGGAGAGACAAUCCAAUUCAUACUCAAAAUUGCUGAGUACUAUCACGAGAGGAGAACUAAGUAUGGUGCAAUUUACAAGACACACCUUAUGGGACGCCCAACCAUCCGCGUGAGCCAGGCAGAGUACAUGAAGAUAAUUGUAAAUGGAGAAAAUACAAUUGUAAUAUCACAAUGGCCUGAAGCCACUCGACGCAUUCUAGGAAAUGGUGCACUGUCAAUGAUGUCGGGAGAGACACACAAGUUACGGAAGAAAUUUGUGGCUGCUGCAUUUUCCCAGACGGCACUACAGUCCUACAUUCCCAGCUUCCAGACAAUAUGUCGUCAGGGGCUGACGGAGUGGAGAGAGCGCAGACAUAUCAUUGCCUUUGAUGAAUGCAAGACCCUGGCAUUCAAGAUUGCUUCCAAGGUGCUGGUGGGCUUCCAGUAUGAGAAGUCCUCUGAACUGGUGGAUCUGUUUGAAGUGAUGAUGUACAACACGUUCUCCCUGCCUAUAAACCUACCCGGGUUUGGUCUCUAUAAGGGUUUGAAAGCUAAAGAGAAGGUUGUAGCAGAGAUCGACAAAUGUCUGAUGAGGAUUGAGACUGAGGGCAGCGACCAGGAUUUUACAACAGCAAUGCACUUCAUCUUGUAUUCCCAGGAAGGGGGUGCUACCAUCCCCCGCAAAGAGCUUUGUGAGGCUGCAAAUGAGCUGCUCUUCACUGGCCAUGACACAACAUCAAGUACCCUCUGUUCAGUGCUGAUGUAUCUGGGGAAAAACCCAGAAUACCUCCACAGGCUUCGGGCUGAACUCAAAGCCAAUGACUUACUGGACUAUGACGAUGAUACAGUGGAUCUUAACCUGAUGAAACUGAAUUCUCUCCCUUUCCUCCAUAAUGUGAUGAAGGAAACCCUAAGACUAGCUCCACCAGUGGGUGCUGGCUUCAGACGGGCCAUCAAAACAUUUGAAGUUGGGGACUACCAGGUACCAGAAGGGUGGACAGUGUCCUUUGGGAUUCGUGAAACACAUCACAACUCCCCAGUCUUUACAAAGGGUCUCGAGUUCAACCCUGACCGAUGGACAGAGGAAUUAUCUGACCUUGGAAAGCAAGAAACAGGAAAAUUUAACUUUCUACCGUUUGGUUAUGGAAGCCGGAUUUGUGUUGGGAAAGAAUAUGCAAAAUUGCUUACAAAAGUGUUUAUUGUGGAACUAUGCCGGUCUUGUGACUGGGAACUGAUGAAUGAUGAUAUUAAAAUGUCCUAUAUCCCUGUAGCAAAGCCAAAGGACAGCUUACCUCUCUGUAUAUACAACAGGGGAGAUAAUUAGAUCUACAACAGGGGAGGUAAUUAGAUAUACAACAGGGAAUAUAAGAUCAAUGAUAGUUAUACCUUUACCUGUCUGUGUAUGUCAGGGGAGGUAAUUAGAAUGCUCUCUGUUUAUGACAGGGGAGGUAAUCAGAUCAGUAGUUAGAAGAUGUAGGAAGGGAGAUAACUCCCAGUGACCAUGUGAUAUUAUUUAAUUUUCCCGGUGAACUGAGCGUGUAAUUGUUUUACAUACUAUACAUUGUUUUAUGUGAAAUUUUAAUGUUAUAUACUAUUUUUACAUAUCUUCAUAUUUCUAACAAGACUUUUACUCCAAGGAGAAAGUGUUUGGCGGUUACAAUGCGAGUGUUUAAAAGGGACAGUUACAGUUUGCUCACUAUCACGGUGGGUAACACUAUACCGGUGGAAAGUCUCUUGUUAUCUCAUCACAUGUUGUCAAGUUACUAUUUCUGGAUUAAGUUUGUGGAAUGGAAAGUCAUUCAUAUAUCAAGAUAUUCAUCUUAGACCAAACAUUAUGACCAAAUUUCCUGUUCUCAGUCUAGUUUUGACUACAAAGCUUGAGUAACAGUGAUUAACUUCCAGUAAAUGUGAUAAAUUGUUGAUUUGGAGUUUUAUAUCUUCAAAACAGCCAAGGCAAAGUGUUUUAAAAUAAAAUAUACAACAUAAAUUGAACAUAAAUUGAGAACAUUUUUUAUUUGUACCUGUAUUACAGUGUUGCUAAUGUUCAUUACUUGUUUUCUUGCACAUGAUAAUACAUGUAUUGUGUUUUAUGCAAUAUUUUAUUUGUUUUUUUAUCUUCUGAAAAAAACCCAUGAAGAAAUACUCAUUUAAAACUGAUAACAGUUUUGAAAUGUUCACGAUAUUUAAGGAACAAUAAUAAAGUCCAUUUCUUACAGAGUUCCGUCACUCGGUAAGAUUCAUUAAUUCAUAAAUGUUUAGCCUCCUAAAAGCUUUGAUCAUGUUCAUUUGAAGUUCAGGUGUCUUUCAAUAUAGAAAGGUGGAAUUUAUUUAGCUGGUCAAAAGAUGAAAAGCUUACCAAACUUUUAAGAAAAACAAAUUAAAAACAAAGAUUUGUUCAUUCUCAAACUGCACUGGUAUUGUAUAAUAUAGGAGUAUCCUUUAUCAUAUCUUAAACUAUCUCAUCCAUGUAAUGUACAGGGUUUGUUUUCAUUUGCAAUAUUUUGGCCAACUCUGUCAAAAGUACAAAUCAAACUGUGUUGUUUUUUGAGGAAUAUAUCACAGAUAUCACAAAUAUAUAUAUGUGUAACCUAUUUAUAAAUACCGGUGUAUAUCAUGGCCGAAUAAUACAUAUGUGUCACCUUCCAAUGUUUACCAAUGUGUAAUUUGGACGAAUAAAUAAUUAUUGUGUCUCCACUUAAAGCUAUCAGAAAAAUAUAGACAUGUUGGUAUGUAAAACAUUUCAUUUUGUUUUAGAAAAUUUACACAAAAACAGCAUUUGCGUUUAUUUCAAAGGAUUUGCCUGCAGGUAGCCAAAUAAUUACAUGGUAGUGACACCCUGUAAAACCAGGUUAAGUAGGUAAAGUGGAAGCGCAGACAUUUUUUAUUUGGCCUGAUCAUCUUUGUUGUGUAAUUCUGUUUGACCACAAUCCAAUAAAAUCUGUUUAUGUGAUGUUGCCUAGUAAUGCCAGUAGCCACCGUUAUGUCUUUGUAAUUUUAGUGCUAAGCCCGGUAAAACCCUGCUCAUGUAGUGUAUGUUAAUGUACAUACAUAUCACAAUAUUGUCAGUCGCCCGGUUAUAUUAUUUUUGUAUAAGUGCUACAUCUCCAUGAAGGCUUACUUUUGUAGUAAAUGUACAUAUAAACAUAUAUACAUAUCACAAUAUCGUCAGGUACCCUGUUAUCUUACAUCAUGUAUUUUUCUGUAUGCUAUAACCCGGUAAAAAACUGCUUAUGUAGUACAUGUAUUUCAAAAUAUUUUAAUGCAA